GAGAGAGAGACACGGAGGGGGGGUGCGGUUUGCAAAGCGCGCAAGGACACCCACAGUCCGCGCUCCUCCAUAACAAGCCAGCCUCUCCUCGCGCAUCCACCGUCGGCUCUGGACAAUAAGCGGUUGGCGGAGGGGAUGCCUUGGUGCUGCUGCCGGCAGCCGCCUUCCUCCGCGGCCCCUGGGACGCGCAGAUCUUGAAGGAGGAGAAGGAGGAAUAGAGGAGGAGGAGGGGGAAAGGGAAAAGGAGAGCGAGAUCAAUCCAGCCCGGCAGCCUCUCUCUGUCUCCUUCCCUCUCUCCUUUGCACCUUGCAAGGUUGCCAGGCUGUAGGAGCGGAGCGCGCCAGCCGCGGCACGGAAAAUGGAGAUCAUCGACACGAGUACAAUUCAGCAGGAGAGACUGCAGGCCAUAGCGGAGAAGAGGAAGCGCCAAGCCGAGAUCGAAAACAAGAGGCGGCAGCUGGAAGACGACCGGCGUCAGUUGCAACACUUAAAGUCAAAGACCUUGAGGGAAAGAUGGUUGCUGGAAGGAGCCCCUUCGUCGACGGCCGAGGAAGGUGACGCCUUGAAAAAGCAGAUGCAAGAGGACGACUUGAAGGCCAAGGAGCUGGAAGAAAGCAUCCAGAGGUUGGAGAAGGAGCUGGAGCAACUGGAAAAUGGGAUCUCAGCGUCGUCCACCAAAGAGAACAUGGCUGAGGAGACGCGGGCGGGGGGCAAGGAGGACAAGUCGCCCCGCACACCGAAGACUCCUCUAGGCUCGGCCAAAGUGGAAAACAGAGCCUCCAACAGCCCUUUAAAAGUGGCGGAAGGCGGUGGGAUGAUGAAGGCAGCUAUGUACUCUGUGGAGAUCACGGUGGAGAAGGACAAACUGACGGGCGAGACCAAGGUCCUGUCCAGCACCACCAGUCUGCCCAAAGACCGCUCGGUUCAGGGGGUCAAGGUGUACGAGGACGAGAUGAAAGUGGUGCACGCGGUCCGCGUCGAAGACGGGGCACUGGAGAACGGCUUGCAGCAGCUCAGCUCCUCCGAGGUGGACGAGCUCAUCCACAAGGCCGACGAGGUGACCCUGAGCGAAGCUUCGGAGGCGGCCAAGGGGCCCCGCAGCAACCCGCCGAGCCAGAAGGCGACCCCGAGGAAGGAGAUCACUGGGGUGCAGGCGAAACCAGUGGAAACACCCAAGUUGAUGCCGGCCGGCCAAGGCCCUGAACCCAGCGAGGAAAAGCCGGUCACCAUGAUCUUCAUGGGCUACCAGAACGUGGAGGACGAGGACGAGACCAAGAAGGUCCUGGGUCUCGAGGGCACCAUCCGGGCGGAGCUGGUGGUGAUUGAGGACGCCGAAAACAAGGCAGCGUCAGCGACAGGGAAGGAUCACGCCCCUCCAAACGGCAGCGCGGUGGCCACGUCCGUCCCCCAGAAGGUGGAGAAUCAAGCCGGGGAGCCGCCAGCGGCCAACAGCACCGACCCCAAAGACGCAGAGCAAGAUCUCGACGCCAAGAAACAGCGCUGCAAAUGUUGUUCGGUGAUGUAAGGCGCCCUCCCUCGACUCUACAGCCAAUCAGGACUGCCUUCUCUCCCCUCCCUCUCCCCCCAUAAUUCCCACCUCUUCCACAAACUCCUAGGUUUAAUGUGGUUUUUUUUUUUUUAAUUUUUAAUUAACAAGACAUGCAGUUCCCGCCGCUCCCAGGGGUUUUGUUUUUCUGUUCCCUUUAAGUGACUGGGGAAAUAUUCUAAUGCAAGAGUUGGUGGCGGCUGCGGCGGCCGGUGUCUGACGCCCAGCAAUGGCCCUGCUAAGUCCCGCUUCAUCUCAAUUCGCUUUUUCGUAAACGGAACAGAUGCAAAGUAUAUUUAUUAGACGGCGUUGUCCUCUGCCCCGCGCCCCAGCUCCAAAGCAGAAUCAAUCGGGAAACCUUAAACCGCUGUGGCCAAAGUUUCUUGGACUCGCGCUCAACCGAAUAUGAAAGAAAGGAAAUCGGGUGCGUUUCGGUAUUUCCGCCGCUUCAGAAUGAACCGGCACGAUUUCCGCAAACGGACUUUCCUUCCGGAGAAGGAAAUUUAACAUCGAUUAAGGAGACUCUUCGUUCUUGCGCUUUGGGGACCUUUGCAAAUCCGCCAGCCUUCGAAGAUCGCUUCCUGGGAUCUCCAAAAACGUCACUGGCCAGGUUUCUCGUGCCAACGAAAGAAUCCGGCUUGGUAAAACCUAGUUUUGCACACACACACCCUGCCCUGCUGGCGUUUAAAAAGACGGUGUUUGGGGUGGGUGGGAGACCAGGGUGACGGGAAUCGGCUGUGGUCCGAGGGCAAAUGUCCGGACACUGGGCUUGGCGAUCUGCUCUGUCGGGGAGACAAUCCCGCGGCUUCGUGGGAAAGCAUCGUAUGAGUCCCGGAAGAAGUUUUUGGGGAGAUUGCAAUGGUCGGACCUUGACAGCUCUGAGACCGUCGGUGUUGACGUGGCUUCGUUUUCCCUCCUUAAUUCUUCGACGGUUACCUCUCCGGCUUGUAAAAACUGUAAAACUGACCGGCGGUUCCGAACCGAAACCCGGUCGGGAGGAAAAUACAGGAGAGGCUGGUUGGUUCGAGCAAAACGGGGGCACCGACCUACCACGUUUGGUGGGUCCUCA